AGGAGUGUGCGACGCGCGGUUAUCAUCGCAGACUUCCCCAUCACUCACAGUCCCAGCGGUUCCGGGACGCGUGUGACGCGCACCUCGCCUCGCGGGGACACAGCUGUUAAUAACCUGACAAGCAUGUCUGGAGCAUUAUAAGGUCAUUAGUCUACUAACCUCCACAUGGAUUUACGCGAGAUUCAAACGAUGCGUUUCGUUUACCUACUUUCCCUGUCAUUUAUCCUGCCGUUGAUGGGUUGCGGACAGAUGCGCAAAAUAAUGGGCAAAUUCGGUUUAUGAACUCUUCAUCUCCGUUUCGCUCUCGCCCACUCAGGGUCCGUGUGAUGGACAGGCGGCUAGUGAGCUCGACCUGCAGUUUGAAGUCGAGCUUCGCUGGAGUGAGUAGAAAGUAAUCUCUUUUAAAGCAUUCGCCUGGACUUCUGUCACACUUUGAAGAAGAAUGCACUCGCUUUCAUAAACGCAGAUUCUGAACAGUUUUUGAAGAAGCGAGUGAGGAGGAUAAGGGAGGGGACAUGGCCGUCUCACAGGGAAGAGAGUGAUCUGAAAGGCCAGAACACGGGACAGAAAGAUGAAGCCUUGGGGGCGGUCAUUGUGGCUGUUGAAGCUCGUAGUCUUGCUCACCUUGGUAAUAUGGUCUUGCCAUCCAGUUUCUGCGGGUACAAGGACCCUGCGGGGACAUACAGCUUCGUACCAGGUGAAGCAGGGAACCUGUGAGGUGGUGGCCAUCCACAGAUGCUGCAAUAAGAACAAAAUCGAGGAGCGUUCACAAACGGUCAAAUGCUCCUGUUUUCCUGGGCAGGUAGCUGGGACAACUCGUACACAGCCAUCCUGUGUGGAGGCUUCCAUUGUACUGCAGAAGUGGUGGUGCCAAAUGCACCCGUGUUUGGACGGCGAGGAGUGUAAGGUUCUUCCAGAUCUCACCGGCUGGUCCUGCAGCACCGGCAACAAAGUCAAAACCACCAAGGUCACACGAUAGCAAGAACAUCACAACCCUGCAAAGAGGACUCUGACUUUUCACCAACCCCCUGAUGAAAAAGGAGAGCCUCUUGUUUAAGACACUGAUAUCACAGAGGAUUCUGUCAAUGUGAUAGAUGGACAUUCUUAUCGUAAACUAUAGAUGACUGCAUUGGUUUGUCAGGAGAUGUAUACAGAAGAUCUGUAUAUACCUGUGGUGUGAUGCUCGGCGCACUGCAGAUGCUAGACACCACAGGUGCUCAUGGGAAAGACUGCAUCAGUCAGCCGAAAGGGGCUUUUUGGAUUUCCACUGGCUGCGGCUGCUCUCUUGUGUGUAUGCGUGUGCUUGUGAAUAGGAGAGAGGUAAUCAUAACAGGCUGGGCUUGAAGGACAAACUUUCCUUGGAAGGCUCAGACUUGGCUGGGAGCAUUUAUAGAUGUAUGUAAUAGAACAUGCGUGUUAGGUUGUAAAGAUGCUGACACAGUAGCGUAACUCCGUUUAUCCCGCUUGCCAACACAGUAAACUUUUUAUGAGUAAGGAAUGAGAUUGCUCUUAAUGUCUGGUCUACAAUUUAUUGACAAUUUGCUCUUCUGGGUCAUGUCAUAACUAUAAAAAUAUUUCAUUUUGCAGUGCUAAUUAGAGUUUCUAAAUAGAAUCAUAACAACAAAUUAAAAAUUCAUGUACAAUGUUUUUGCACUAGAUAACAUGGAGCUGUUUUGAGUUUUCUAGUUGACAUUAAAGAGAGGAACAUUUACAUAGCUUUCUUCCACAAAUACAAAAGUAUAAACGCAGUUUGUAAGUGAUGUAGACAGCAGAAAAAAUGCUUUUUGAAUACAGCACUACCUUGCUGUCCAUUUUAUAUAAUGUGAGCAAUAUAAAUGCAACCCCCCUUCAAAACAAACGGUCGAAAACAUCUGUUAAAAGUUCAAUAACUUAAAGGUGCACUUAUAAUUUUUUCCACACUGUAAUAAGGUUUUCCACCUAAGUAAAUACAUUUGGUACUUUUGGUAAAUAUGUUAAAAUAAUGCACACUCUAGGGCCCUACCAGAGCCAUUGAGAGAAAGAGUUGCGUCAACUCUGUUGACUCCAAUGGAACAGUUUUUUUCACAGCAAUGGCGGAUCAUGGAGCCUCUCAGUAGUUCCCGGAAGUUACUUGAAACGCAAGAAGCUGAGGCUAAACAGACCAACUGAGGUAAACUUUGAACACAUUUAAAUACGUAAGUCAUUGAAUGAAUAAAAAAAUGAACGAAAUAAAGAAUUAAAAGAAAAAACACAACUUCCUGGGACAUAGCCGAAGGCACCAUGAAUCACGUAACGCUCAAAAAAUUUGAACUUCCAUUCUUAAUUGCUUCAAAUUGCUUAAUUUCUCUUUCCGUUUUAAUUUGUCUGUAUUCUGUGUUGUCCAGUUUUUACCCAGCAAUAGUAAUAUAUUUGCCCACAUGAAAAAUACUGUAAUAUUAUAAUAGUAUUUACUAUAGUAAAAUGUAGUAAAAUUCCAUAGGUACUAUAGUGUGAUCAGGACCCCAUGUGAAACGAACAGAAGAUGUUUAUUUCCCUCAGACGGUUAAACUAUAUACUAACACGGCUAUUCACCUCAAGAGUAAUUUAUUCGACAUGACGUAUUUAUUUGAAAUAUUUUAUUAGCUCAUUUGUAACGAAUGCAGAGCUUUCCUCGUCGGGAAAACCCGUUUCCCGACGGUUUUAAAGCAAGACGCGAAGUUCUAACAAGAUGAACUUGCAAUUUGGUUUCAUCAUAUAUUCAUCUCGCAUACAGUAUGUCAUGAAUUAGGCACAUUCAUAUUUAAUUUGUGAAAAAUUAAACUGCGCUGGUUAAGAUGACUCGCAGUACACGGAUGUGUUAUCUGUGAAUAACAAUAACGGGGGAUGCAAGUUGCAUCGUGGGGGUCAUCCUAUUGCGAUCACAUGACCAGCUGAAAACCACCAUCUUUAUCCCGUUAAAAUAAGUCUACGGACUAUACUAAUGGCAUUGGUAAUUGCAAAUGUUUGCUUUUGUAACGCUGCAUCAUGCUGAGGAGUUCAAUGCCAUUGUCUUAUCCACCAGCGAAACAUAACCAAAAAUGUAUUGAGUGCACCUUUAAACAAGUACCUGUGUUGUUUUUAACUUUGCUGCCAGGUUAUACUGUGAAGCUCUCAAAAAAUCUGUCAAGUUCAGAAAACAGGCUAACAGUUUGUUGACCGAGAUUGUGAACAUCUUUUAAGAUCCAAUGUGAAAAGGCAUUUCUCCUGCCCAUUACUGCAGUGUAAUAAAGUUUGAAAUAGAAUCAGCUCCGACAUUCAUCAUUGUAAGAUUUUCUAAUCUAACCGAAUUUGUCCGCACACUCCAGCUCAACCUCAACUUUAAUUCUGAACUCUAAUUGUCCUUGUAUUCA